AUGCAUAUGAAGUUGAUGAUGUUUCUGCAGGUAAGCAUCCCUCCCUUUUUAUUUGAAGCCGUUCUGUAUGCUCCUAUUGAUGAUACAAGCAGCACAGCCAAAAUUGAGAAUGGAAACAUUUUCUUCACUUUGUAUAAAAAGGAAAUGGGCAUGUGGGAUUCGCUGACAAUCGAAAAUGCUAGCAAGGAAAAACUGCAACAUCUAAGAGAGAGUGCUGUUCUAAAAGCCCAAGAAAAGGCUAAAGAGGAGGCAGAAGCAAAAAAAGUUACAAAACAGGAACAUAACAAAUAUGCUUUGGAGGCCACGAUGAAGCUAGAAGAAGAAGAAAGAAAAAGAAUUGAAAAUCUGAAAGAACAAGAGCGGCAAAAGGUCACUAGGGAAUUGGAGUUAUGGAAAAAUGAGCAAACAUAUAUGGAGGAACAAAAGAGGAUACCAAGAGAAGAGAAACCACAUCAGGAAAUAGAACAGUUAAAGGAGAACCAAAAGGAAAAAAUAACCAAACCUAUGAUUCCUAAUGAAAGAACUUCUAAGAUCACAGUAAAACCUACUAAAGGUCCUAGUUCCAAUAGUAUGUUUUCAGAGAAUUUAAAGGAAGAGCAGUUACCAGCCCCUCGAUCAUCUGGCACAAUUAAAAUCAACUUCACAUCACGGGCUUUUCCUACAGCUCUACGUGAAUCUCGGGUAGCAGAAGAGGAAGAGUGGCUACAUAAGCAAGCAGAAGCUCGAAGAACAAUAAAUGAUGAUUUAGCUGAGCUGAAAGAUUUAAAAGAAGAGGAAAAAAAUCCAGAUUGGUUAAAAGACAAAGGAAACAAAAUGUUUGCAACAGGAAACUAUCUUGCAGCUGUAAAUGCAUAUAACCUUGCAGUCCGGCUAAACAACAAGCUUCCAGUACUAUAUCUGAAUCGUGCUGCUUGUCACCUUAAGCUGAGAAAUUUACAUAAAGCCAUUGAAGAUUCCUCUAAGGCACUAGAAUUGUUGACACCACCUGUUCCUGAUAAUGAGAAUGCUCGAGUGAAAGCUCAUGUGAGACGUGGAACAGCAUUUUGUCAGCUGGAAUUAUACGCUGAAGGUCUCCAGGAUUAUGAAGCAGCACUCAAGAUUGAUCCUAAAAAUAGCACAAUAGAGAAAGAUGCUGAGAAGAUUCGACGCAUAAUUCAAGGAACCUCACAAGACUUGUAAAAAAGAGAGAA